GGGGGGAUGUGAGGCUCUGGCAGCCGCCGGUCCCUCCUCCGCGGGCGGUGCUGGGGCGCAGCCCGCCCCUUCCAGCCGUGUGUGCGGGGCCCCGGCCCGGGGAGACCCGGCGAAGUCCCCGCUGUCACCAAGGCGGCAGACAGCAUCUGCUGUCUGGCCGCAAACCGUGGGCCCCAUCACCUCUGGCGCAUCCGGGUGAGUGUGGCAGGCUAUGGGAUGGAUGAAGCUGAGCAGGACCAGUAUGAAGCUCGCCUCAAGGAGCUCUUUGACAGCUUUGACAGCACAGGCACAGGGUCCCUGGGGCAGGAGGAGCUCACUGACCUCUGCCAUGUGCUGCACCUGGAGGAGGUAGCCCCAGCGCUGCAGCAGACCCUCCUCCAAGACAACCUCCUAGGCAGGGUCCACUUUGAUCAAUUUAAAGAAGCACUUAUCCUCAUCUUAUCCAGAACCCUGUCAAAUGAAGAGCACUUCCAAGAACCAGAUUCAUCCCCAGAAGCGCAGCCUAAGUACAUCAAAGGCGGCAAGCGCUAUGGCCGGCGGUCCCUGCCGGAGUUCCAGGAGUCCGUGGAAGACUUUGCUGAGGUGACUGUCAUUGAACCGCUGAGCGAGGAAGCAUGUCCCCCACACAUCGCCUCCAGCAGCUGUGAGGAGCACUGGAAGACGCGAGACAGCGAGGAGUAUGAGGCUGAGGGGCAGCUCCGGUUCUGGAACCCUGAUGACCUGAAUGCCUCCCCUGGUGCCUCACUGCCCAGCCCAGACUGGAUAGAGGAGAAACUGCAGGAGGUCUGCGAGCACCUUGGCAUCACCAGGGAUGGCCACCUGAACCGCAAAAAGCUUGUCUCCAUCUGUGAGCAGUAUGGGCUCCAAGCAGCAGCUGGGGAGGUGCUUGAAGAGGUACUCCAUAACCUGGAGCAAGAUGGCACCAUGAGCAUAGAGGACUUCUUCUAUGGCUUGUUUAAAAGUGGAAAGCCGCUGAUGCCCUCAGCAUCUACACCAUACAGACAACUGAAACGACACCUUUCCAUGCAGUCCUUUGAUGAAAGCGGGAGGCGCAUGAUCACCCACUCUGCCAUGUCCAGCACCAUUGGCUUCUGCCUCUUCUCCAACCUGGAUGAUGGGAUGGGCUAUGGCUGUGUGGAGAGUGUCCUUGACUGCUGGCACCAGGAGGGCAUAGAGAACAGCCAGGAGAUCCUGAAGGCUUUGGACUUCAACUUGGAUGGGAAGGUGAACCUGACAGAGCUGACGCUGGCUCUGGAAAACGAACUUUUAAUAACCAAGAAUGGAAUCCACCAGGCAGCCCUGGCAAGCUUCAAAAUGGAGAUCAGACACUUGCUGGAGAGAGCUGACCAAGUGGCCAGAGAGAAAGAGAAGCUGCGGUCGGACUUGGAAAAAGCUGAAAAGUUGAAAUUCCUGAUGGCCUCCGAAGUGGAUGACCACCACGCUGCAAUUGAGCGCCGGAAUGAGUACAACCUCAGGAAGCUGGAUGAGGAGUACAAGGAACGAAUUGCAGCUCUAAAGAAUGAGCUCCAGAGAGAGCGGGAGCAAAUCCUGCAGCAGGCUAACAAACAGCGGCUGGAUCUGGAGCAGGAGAUAGAAAAGCUGAAAAAUGAUGAGAACUACAUCCGCGACCGCCUCGCCCUUUCCCUGAAGAAAAACAGCCGCCUGGAAAGCGAGCUAUUGGAAAUGGGAGAAAAACUGUCCAAGUAUGAAAGUUUGGCAAGCAAACUACAGAGGAACUUGGAAAACGUCCUGACUGAGAAGUUUGGGGACCUGGAUCCCAGCAGCACAGAGUUUUUCCUGCAGGAGGAGAGACUGGCACAGAUGAGAAGCGAGUACCAGCAGCAGUGCAGAGAGCUGCAAGACCAGAUAGAUGAGCUGCACUCCGAGCUGGAGGAGUACCGUGCCCAAGGCAAAGUGCUGAGGCCUUCACUGAAGAGCCUGCUGUCAGAAGAGCUUGACAUUGAUAUGAAAAGUCAUGGCAAUAGUGGUAUUGAGCCUGACCAAGGACUUGGUUCAGAAGACUGCAACCCGCUAAAUAUGAGCAUAGAGGCAGAAAUGGCUAUUGAGCAAAUGAAGGAGCAGCAUCACAGGGAUCUGCAUCACCUCAAACAAGAGCUUGAAGACACAGUGAGCUAUUACGAAAAGCAGCUAGAUGAGACAAAAAUCCACUCUGAAAAGGAGCAAGAAGAUAUGAGGAAGAAGUACACUGAAGAGAUGCAUGUCAUGGAAAAGCAAAUAACUGGUCUUAAAAAUCAAAUUGUAGAACUGCAAGGAGAGGCAGCGGUGCUCAGAGAACAGCAGGAAAAGCUUGACUGUAAGCACAAUGAUGAGAAAAACAAAUUACAAAUGCGUUUUGAUGAGGAAAAAGCCAAUCUGCAAGAACUACUGAGGCAGGAGCAUGAAGAAGACAUUAGAGCCAGACUGGACCAGAUAAAUGAGAAGUUUAGUCAAGAACGGGAAGAACUGAUACAAAAUGGUGUCUGGGUGGAAGAAAAGAUGAGAGUUUUAGUGCAGACACUGCAGGAAGAGAAGGUAGAGCUGGAACGUGGCUUUCACGAGCAGCUGAAAAGGAUGGCUGAGGUGCAUGCCCUGGAGAAGAAAGAGCUCCAGCAAGAGCUGCUGAGGAAGCAUGAGCAGGACCUGGAGGAGGAAAGGAAAAAAAUGGAAAGUGACUGUAACAGAAGAGCAUCUCAUUUGGAAACUCCAUUUUCUGCCAGCACACAAACACUUGUGAAUAAAUACGAAGAAACAAUCCAAAAUCUGGAAGGACAUUACCAGCGAGAGUUGCGUGAACUUGCUGAACAGCAAAGAGAGGCAAAAUCUCAGUGGGAGUUUGAAAAGGAUGAAAUUGCUCAGAAGGCUGCUGAAGCCCACGAGCAACUGAAGGAAAGUCUGGCAAAUGAAAAGGCCAUUUCUUCUGCCCUCACCCAGGAGAAAGAUCUCCUGGAGAAAAUCUUCAAGGAGGAAGUGAACAAGCUUGUGUGCGAGAGGGAGCAGCUUCAGAAGGAACUGUGGGAUCUGAGGAGUGCUGCUGAGAAGCAAGAGAAAAGACUGAAUGAUGAAAUAACACAACUCCAAAAUGACCAUGAGAAAGAGCUAAAGAGCAAAGAGGAGCAUAUAUCUGUGGUGGAGGAAAAUGGGAAGCUGUUCAGGCAAAAGCUGGAGAGACUUCACAGUGAAUAUAAGCAAGAGAAAGAAGACCUCAAUUCCAAACUACUUGCUUUGGAGAGUUUAAACCAGGACAUUUGUGUAAGAGCAGAAACAGAGAAGGCCAAGAUGAAUUUAGAAAUCUUAAACCUUCAAGGGAGAAUACAGAAAUUGCAGUGCGAGACCCAUUGUUUUUCUGCACUACAAAAUCAUUAUAGGGUCCUGGAAAAUGAGUGUACAAAAGCAAAGAGCAGAAUUGCUGCUUUUAGUGGUAUGGCACCUCUGGGAGGUGAUGUGGAUGUCCUCUUAAAUCUGCAGAAAGUGCAUGAGCAAGCAGUGAAGGAAAAUGUCAGAAUGGCUGCUGAGAUCAUCAGGCUGCAGCACAAAUUGCAAGCAGCAGAGCAGGAGAUGGUGCAACCUCCCAGUCCUGGCUGCUCCUACUCCAGCUCAGAACAAUCUCAGCUGCCAGAUGAAAUGGAUCCCAUCUUUCAAGGGUUGCCCAGCGAUUGUAACAGUGCAGACAAGGGAACAGAUUUGAAUGUCCAUUCAUUUUUGGAGGCUGAUUCUACAGACCUGGAAGAAAUGACUGAGAUGGAUUCAGAACUGGAGAAAGCAUGUGUUAAAGCCAGAGCAGGCAGUCAUGCCUUCAAGGUGCAGGUGUGUCAAAUGCAAGGAAGGAAAGCAGCACUGGAAGCUGCUCUGGUUAACCCAAAUGACAUGCAUCUCCACAAAGAGAGAGAGGAGAGGCAUACAGUGGAGCACAGCUUACAAAGCACAUGCACUGAGCUGCAGCAAAAAGUUGAUCUUUUGAGAUUUGAAGCUGAGAAGCUCAGAGAAGAAAAUAUUAUUCUGAAAAAUGAAGUGACUUUACUGAAUGAGGAGGGUAGUGCUUCCAGCCUGAAACUGAGGGAGCUAAAUGGGUCCCAGGAAGAAAUGCGGCAAAAGAUAGAAGCAGUGAGAAAGGAGAAAGUGGCUGUACAGAAGAUGGUUGACAACCUGAAAAAGCAGGUAGUAGAUCUGAAGACCAGAAACCAGCAGCUAGACUCCGAAAAUACAGAACUUAGCCAGAGGAACUCCAAAAAUCAAGCAGAUGUGCAGGAUCUUAAUCAGCAGCUGGCAAGGGUGCUCAAGCAAAAGGAAAGAGAAUCGGGAAAGUGUACCCUGGAAGAAUGGGAAAAGGAAAGACUGGUACUAAAAGAGGAACUGCAAAACUCCAAAGUAAAGUCAUCAAAUAUGGUGUCUUCCUUGGAGACGGAGCUGUCGAAAAUAAAGGUUCAAGCUCGCAUGCUGGAGCAGGAGAACCACAUUCUCAAGCAGGAACUUGAGAAGACAAAACAGCUGCCCAGAUGUCCUGAUCUUUCUGACCUUCAGAAUGAAGUUUCAAGCUUAGUUUCUAAAAAUGAAAAGCUGCAGAAAGAAAAGGAAGCCCUGAGUGAGGAAUUAAACAGUUGUAUUGAUAAGGUGGCUAAAGCAAGCUGCUUAGAGAAUGCAGUUGGCAGCUUGAAGCAGGAACAGAAGUCCUGGGAACAGCAGAGUCAGACACUGAAAACACAGCUCACAGUUUCACAAGAAAAGGUUCAGAGUCUAGAUGAAACACUGCAAAAUACAAACCUUCAAAUGUCCCGACUAAAAUCGGACUUACGGGUGAUACAACAGGAGAAGGAAACUCUUAAACAAGAAGUGAUGUCUUUACACAAGCAACUGCAAAAUGCAAAUGAAAAGAAUCGGGUUCUAGAACUGGCUGUGCCUUCCUCAGGGCUGCAGCAGGACCAACAGCGGCAAAUACACUGGGAUGAGCUGGACCAGCUGACAAAACAGGAGCAGCAGCUGCUCAGGCAGGAGAAUGAGAGGCUGCAGAGAGAAGUGCAGAGUGCUAAAACUGACCUGACUCACUCCAGGGAGAAGAUCCGACAGUUGGAAUCUACUAUCCUUUCCCUCAAGCACCAAAAGCAUCAAAGCCAGUUGGGCAUCGUCAAAGCCAUAGAGCAAGAGAAAUUAAGCUUGAAGAGAGAGUGUGAACAGCUUCAGAAGGAGUUGUCAUCUGCAAACAGGAAGAUCAGUCAGAUGAAUUCUCUUGAACGUGAACUGGAAACCAGCUCAGAAAAUGAAGGGCUAAGGAAAAAGCAAGUCAAACUGGAUGAUCAGUUAAUGGAGAUGCUCCACUCAAACACCAGUGUGAUACUUAGCCACUCACCGCACUCCCGAGAGCUCCAGCAGCAAGGCUGUGCUAUGGUGCCCAAGGAACAGUUCCUGCAGCUCCAACACCAGCUACUACAAGCAGAGAGGAGGAGUCAACGUCUUCAGGAAGAACUUGAAAAUAGACCCUCUGAAACAAACAUGCAACAGGGGGGUCAUGAGCAGCUUCUAAAAAUGAUGGAAGAACGCAUGAUUGAUGUUGAACAGAAAUUAAGGCUUGUGAAGAGGCUUCUCCAAGAUAAAGUAAAUCAGCUGAAAGAACAACUUUCCAAGAACACUAAGGCAGAUGCAGUGGUCAAGGAUCUCUAUGUUGAGAAUGCACAACUGCUGAAGGCUUUGGAGAUGACAGAGCAGCGGCAGAGAACUGCUGAAAAGAAAAACUAUUUACUGGAAGAAAAAAUUGCCAACCUCAAUAGGAUAGUAAAGAACUUGGCAUCCCCAUCAUUUCAUUCAGCAUCCGAGAUAAGGUCAUAGCAAAGACAUACAGUAUGCCACGGUCCCGUGCACUUUACUAAAAUUAUUUUUUAGCUUUUUACUGUGUUGCCUUUUUGUAUUGGUGACUUUUAGUUAACGGGUACCUCCAAGGAGAGGACAGAGCUAAAUCCCAAACCAGACACUGCCAAAACAGAAUUUUUGUUUAUUCCCAAACUGUUUUUCUGCUAAGUUUUGUCUAAAAGUAAUCUUUGCUAUGUAAAAGAACAA